AGACAGGCUGGGAUCGGGGCGGGGGGAGCCUUUUCCCAUGAAUGGAGCUGGCGGCCGGGGCACGUUCCCCCGCUGCAGCAGCGGCUCGCGGCGCGUAGCAGCCCCAUGGAGCUCAGCCCCUCCGCUCUUCCCUCCCCGCAGCCCGGCCGCCGCCCCGCCGACCUGCCCCGGGAGCCGGAGCGAAGGAGCCAGCCCUGAGCGGCGGAGCAGCGAGACAGCCCCCUCCCGCCCCGGGCGGAGCGAUGGAUCGUGGAGCCGCAGCGCCGGGGAACUGUCCGCGGUCCUGAGAUGCCCGCGCCGGGUCCCUGUCUGCGGGAAGAGGCGCUGGGCUCCCCCUGCCUCCCCUGAACCGGUGCGGCAGGGUCUUUCCCCCCCCCCCCGCGCUGGAGCCCGGGCCUGAGCCGUCGGCACAGGGAUGCAGGAUGCACCCUCUCUGGAGGAUGGAUCACUUUUUCAUCUACAUCAACGCAGCCCUGUUGUUUUAUUUUAGCUAUGCCAGCCUGUUCCUCGUGGAGGCAGACAGCCCGUCCGCUCCAGUCAAUGUCACAGUCAAACAUCUGAAGGCCAAUUCGGCUGUUGUGACCUGGGAUGUUCUGGAAGAUGAAGUUGUUAUUGGAUUUGCAAUCUCCCAGCAGAAGAAGGAUGUGCGGAUGUUGCGCUUCAUCCAAGAGGUGAACACCACCACCCGCUCAUGCGCCCUCUGGGACCUGGAGGAGGACACUGAGUACAUUGUGCAUGUCCAGUCCAUCAGCAUCCAGGGCCAGAGUCCAGCCAGUGAACCUGUCCUCUUCAAGACCCCCAGGGAAGCCGAGAAGCUGGCCUCAAAGAAUAAAGAUGAGGUGACAAUGAAGGAGAUGGGGAAGAACCAGCAGCUGCGAGCUGGGGAAAUUCUCAUCAUUGUCGUGGUGUUAUUCAUGUGGGCAGGAGUGAUCGCCCUGUUUUGCAGGCAGUAUGACAUCAUCAAAGAUAAUGAACCAAAUAACAACAAGGAGAAAGUCAAGAGUGCGUCUGAGAGCAGCACUCCUGAGCACCAGAGCGGAGGGCUCCUGCGCAGCAAGUUUCCAAAAAAUAAGCCUUCAGUGAAUAUUAUCGAAGCAUGACAGCCUGGCAUCUGAUAGAUGGACUCCAUUUCUCGCUCUCCCUCUCUGCUUCUGAGCCCUGAUGACUGGGGAAGUGAAAUACUGUUGGAGCAGUUUGGAGAGACCUACUGGUUGUCAAUUUCUGGCAUAAAUCUCCUUGCCCUUGGCUCUGCAAAAGACAACUGGAGAGAGAGAGAGAAAAUCCUGCAAACCCCCCCCCCCCCCCCCAUAAGCCACUGUCUGAGAAGGAAAAGCUUCUGUGAAACUGAUGCCUCAGGCAAUUCUGUAUCGGACUCAACUCACCCAAGCUGUAACAAAUCCCAACAGACUCAACUUCCACCCUCCCCUCCCUCUUUCUCCUGGAGCGAUUUGCCUCUCUUUGGAGAUCACAACAUUUCAUUGUAUUUCUAUUUUGCUUCACUGUCGCCGCGUGUUGACAGCAUCAACAUGGGCUCAGGCUGCAUUUGUAUUUCUCUUCAGAGAAAUGAGAAAGAAACACUAGACAGUGGCAGAGAAAAGGAUUUUGGCUGCUGUGUACUCUAAUCUCACUCCGUAGCACUCAUGUUUGGUGUGUAAUACAUUCUGCAGGUGGGAUUUUUUUGUAUGUUUGUUUUUAACAAAGGCAUAUUACAGUUUCCAUCCGGAUGGUCACUACUUUGCUGGCUGCUCUCCAAUUCAGAUCUGCAGCACUUGUCUCUAUUUUUGCCAUCUCUUCUAUUCUCCAAUGCUGUAAUCCACUUUAGAUAAGCAGGGUGGAAUUCAAAACACUGUGGGACACAGACCAACAGAGACAAGAAGCCAACCGUUGGUUUGAUUCCAGGAGAACUUGGGCCAUUUCUUCAUUAUAUUUAGGACUGGGCCUGACUGAUUCCACCUACAGUGUAACAAAUGGUCCUUACAAAACAGCCAGUUAGUGCAAAAAAACAAAAACACAAAAAACAAAGUCAUGAUGAUAAUGGUUGCUAUGCAAGGAUACCAGGUUUCCAGUGCUGACAGCUCUCUCAUUCACUUCCAAGGGAUCCCUGCCUAAUGAUGGCCAAGGACACUCCUUAACUAGUUACUUCUUUUACUGAGGUUCCAGUGAGUGGAUCUGGUACUCCUUCCACUUUGUGUCUCCACUAUUCAUCAUGACACUGUAUUGCCAGGUGUUUGUUAAGAGUCCCUCUUAACAAAUGUGGAGGGGGAAGGGAGGAGUCUCCUCUAUUUACUAGCUGCUUUAUGUUUAUAAACGGACAUGUUCCCUAUGACUGACAAUGUUUUGAGGCUGGAAGGUGAGAGGUCAUCAAAUGGAAGAGAUUUACUAUCAGAGCUUUGCUAGAACGCUUUUAUAUGUAUUUGUUUAAUUACUCUACAAGGCCAUUCCAUACAUGCUGGGGGGGGGGAGGUAACAUGGGAUCCUAAUCAUUCCAUCAAAUACUAAGAUGGGUUGGCCCAAAUAGGAUUUAAAUCCUCCCAUUGCAAACAAAUUUGCAUUCAGACAAGACAAUGAUUCAAAAGCCACUGCAAAGAAACAGGAUGGCAGUCACGGAGUUCAGACAUCUUUCCCCUUUGAUAUCCAUUAGCCUCUCUCAAGUAGUCAAUCCAGGAGAAAGGCAUUGGGAGGUUUGCAUGCAGAGGCAUUUUAUAAAAAAGGGCUUCCCCAGUGCCAGUUUCAGGGAGGCAGCCAGCCCCACCCACAGUUUUCUAAAUUGGAUCCUUAGCCAAAAAAGCUACUCCCCACCACCAAGAGGAAGAGGUCAAUACUUCUGAUACAGUUGGAGCAAUAACCACUUUUUAAUGUACAAUAAAAGAUUAAAGGCACAUCUUUCCUUGUAAAUACCUGAGUUUAGCCAUGUUUCCUCUUGGUCUACACUGGGGCAGACUGCAUGAAAUAGAAGUGGGGACCUUCUACCCAGAUUUCUGAGGGAUCAUGAAUUUGGCUGUUUUUUCCCUGUCCCUGGUUGCAGGCAGCAGUAAAGGUUCAGUAGGGGGUUAACUUUGAUUAGGCUGUGGACUAAGGUGAGAAAGAAGCUACAACAAAAGUAAGCUACAAAGUAAGCAAGCCCUACUUAGCCAGUUGAUGUCUACAGGAAUGUCUCCGGCUUAGUAUGCAAGAAAGAAACGUCAUUCAGAAUCCACAGCCUACCUAUAAAGGAAGGCUUAGAACAGAUGGUAUGGCAUGUACAAAAUGAUAAAAGAGAUGUUCUAUCAUAAUUUUGGUGCAGACAAGCAAACAAGUAGGCCCUAAACUCUAACCUAGCUGCUGCUGAGGAAUUCAACCUGGGUAAUUUAUCAGGGUGAUGUUUUUUUAUAUAAAAAAAUGUUUCUGGAAAUGCAGAGAACAUUCCCCAUUUUUUACAGUAAUUGUUGUUGGGUCCUAGUAACAGGUUUUUAGCUAUUUCUAUUCCAACAGUGACGCACUUGUUGUUCAUUAGAGAUGGAGAAAUUAAAAUGCGAGGCAUAGAUGCUUGUUCACAGUUAAGUAUUCAAGCCAUGAUAUGGCAGCUGGCAAAAGGAGUGCAUCAUUAUGCUCCAUAACUGCAGGCUUCAAAGGUAAGGUAAUAAUGCUAUUAGCGAGAAAAACAAACGUAGGCUAGGAAGCAAAUCUACUCGUACUAGAAAGGAAUUCCGAGCUAUCAAAUACAGCUGACUCUCUUAAUGCAGAUGUUUUCAGGAACCAUCAACUGAAGGGAUUUAAUAAGAAUAUACUUUAUCUAAAGGAAGGGAGAAAGAGAUAGAGACAUAUAGGCCCUUUUGAAAAUUGUACCCAUUUUCAAAAGCAACUUAGGUGCUUAGAAGCCCAAGUCUCAUUCAAUGAAAUUUAGGCUCCUAAGCACUUGUGACUGUUGAAAAUGGAACAAAGGCACCUAAGUCACUCAGGCACUUUUGAAAAUUUUACCCUUAAUCAGAAAAAAGACAUUGCAUUAAGAAAUAAACCAAGAAGCAUUUAAAAAAAAAAGUGUAUGAUCUGCAAUCACCUUAAAGGAUACCCAGAUUUUCCAGUGUGAUUUUGCUUGCAAAGUGUAGUUUUUGCUGUAUACUAAGGAGCAAGCAGGAGUGUACUAGAGUGAAGGGAUUCCAAAGAGCCCUGCAAUAAGUGAUUUUCCACUUAACAUAAAAAACAAAAGAUAGCAAACAUCAAAAUGGCUCUGCUGAUGGUGUGCAGUCACUGGAGACUAAUUCAACUGAUUUCCAGGAACCAACUAAGCAUAGCUGACGUGCACAAUAAAGGAAUAAGAGAAAACUACCUGUGGGCCAGCGUAUGUCUAAAGUUAAGCACCAUUUGCUUUAUUUCUUAAAAGCACAAUAAUCCUGUGCUUAUAGGCAACUAAUUUAGUCAAUAUAUUCCUCCCCCACAUAAGGGUUUAGUGAAACUGUACCACAGAGGGCGAUGUGGAGUAAACAAUUCAAUACAGGGCGUCCUUCCAAUUCACAAUCGUAACUGCCAUCAACUUCUCAAUCACUUUCCUCGUACGCUAAGAAGCGGCACAAACUCUGUUUCCUCAUUUCUUUGAGAAAAAUUAGAACAUUUAUGCAUUUUAAACAGACAGUUCAUUAAAGGAGAAAACACCUACAUGCCUGAAAGUAUUUGUAGAAUCUCAGCUGGUAACAAGUUACUGGAAGAGAUGUGAAUGGGGAGAAAGAUUGUUAAUUGUAAUAUUUGCCCCAAGACAUUAAAGGUCACGUCAUUCAAAAGUGUAUAUCACAGCGGCACACCCAUUUCAGAGAUAUGAGAGAUCUAAGAUGUGGGUACUCGUAUGCAUCAUCAGAUUUCAGUUCUUAGCAGACAAAGAGGGAAAUGAAGUUCAUUCUGUGUGUUGUGCCAUAUGUAAUUUCUUCCAGAUUUGCAAUAAGGCUUACUAUCACAACGUCCUAAACUAUCAUUGAUUUGCCUGUAUAGAGACCACUAACAGACAGGCAAACUAUCUACAUGUGGUGAAUCUUCCUGAUUUGCUAAAGCAACAUUCUGACUGACAAAAUCACUAUGUUAAAAAGUCGUCUACUUUCUCCAUGGAUCUCCCCCUGCUCUGAAUUCAGUCAUAUCCGCUGACCAUACAGACUAAAAUAAGCAUUUCCCUACUUUUUAGUCCUCUUAGCCCAGCCACCUAUGAGAAAGCGAGCUGGAUUCUAUUCUGGCUCAUGCAUCACCAUCAGUUCUGUUUAACUAAGUUCCAACUGCAGAACCUUUAUAAUUAGUGGCAGAGCCAGGAAAGGCACAGCUUGAAUUUCAGAUCCUAGAUAGAAUCACAGGGCUGGCAGCUAGAAUAGCCAUCUUUUUCCUUGCAAGCUGAAUGAGUCUGAUGUGGAGCCAGAGAGAGGGACAAUAAUGACGGAACCUCGUGAUGCCAUUUUACACUUUUCAACACAUCACUGUCCCUUUAAACUGAUAAGGAGAAACUCACUUGAUGCAACCAAUUGCUAAACAUAACUUAUUUUUAUCAACAAUACUCCUUUCUCAACUGGUGUAACUGACAUUACUGUACGUGCCCUUAAGUCAGAUCAGAUUCCCUUGACUUUUAAACUAUAGGGAAGGGAGUGGUUAAGGGAGGGAGUUUAUCAACUUUUACGCCAGGUUUUAGUGAACAUUUUAUUUCUGUCCUUUUAAAAUUACACUGCAGCAAAAAGAUUUAGCAGGAAGAUCUGAUCAACUGCUGAGAGAGGAGAACAGCUAUAACAUGUAGUUAGUUAGCUUUUGGUGUCAUUAUUGUCUUGCUGUUGCUAUUAGAGUGCAACACAAUGGUGAAUGCUCUUACUAGAUUUGAAGUUGUAAAACAUUUUAUCACAGCGCUCAGAUCUUCCUUGGGGGUGGGUGGGUGUGUGCGCACGCGUGCGUCUAGCACGAUGGACUACUCCAAUCCUCUUUGAGGCUACUGGGCACUACCACAGUGGAAAUAAUAGACACUAAUAAGGCCCCUCCCUAUAUUCCAGAAGUGAACAUGUAAUUUGUCCUGCCAUGAGCAUUACAUAUACAAUCUCUCUCUUUCUCUGCCCUUCCAGCCCCUCUGAGGUACAGUAUUAACCAGUUAUGUUGAAGAAUGAAAUCUUUAGCGAUAAGGCUGUCUGUGACUCUGGAGUCUGUAGAAAAUGCAAAGCUGCCCUGCGGCAGCUCCAGCGUGUGUGGGAGAAACAUUAAGAUCACAAAACACAGAUUCAGAAGGAAGUCCCCACUUCCACCUACUCUUCUCCAGCACAGCGGAGCCAGCCCUAGACACAGCACAUAUUGUACAGACACCACCAUCGUCUCAAGUGAAAGACCUUACAAUGUGUUUCUUGUUCAGAGCCAUUUCAUGUUCUCAGCAUGGCUAAUUGGUAAUAGAAUAACUGCUUUAAGGAAAGGCGAAUAUAAAUAGUCUCCUGACUGCUGUGUUUAGUUUAAUAGCUGAUUUAUAAGAGAAACAUAAAACCUAAGAGGGCUAGCAUGAAAAUUCUUUUUGGAAAUCUUUAUGCAUAAAGGAGUACAGCAUCUAAGCAUCCACUGUCUAACAGAACUGCUUGCUUGUGUCCUUCCCACCCCCUGCCCCAGCUCUGAAGUGCCAUGGCUAUCAAUCUCUUGUUAAGAUGGGGCUGCAGCAUCCCAGCUGUGCCAAUCUCAGCCUGACUCCAACAACAUCGGCCAACCCAAUGCUACUUCUUGGCCUUUUGAGGGAAGUAUUAUUAGCUGACAUGCCUUUGCAAGGGAACGUGCUCUGCAAUUUAACUCAUACUACUAUGAAUACUACUACUUCUUGAAAAGAAAAGGAGAAUUUGUGGCACCUUAGAGACUAAAAAAUUUAUUAGAGCAUAAGCUUUCGUGAGCUACAGCUCACUUACUUUGAAACCUACUACUUGCUUUCUUUUCCAAACACCCUAGAAAAAGAUUAAUCUGGGAGCCCCUGCCCCUUCUUUAUUAUAUAAGUAUUAUGAACAGGUAGGCUUUAGAGACAAAAUCCUCAGCACAGGGAUCUGUCUUUUAGGACCACACACAAA